ACAAUAAUAUCGCAUCGUUAGCCCGAUGCGACUGAACUGCGCGAUUAGUCGGUCGGUCGGCGACACAGUCGAAGACACACGACGUAUACAUAGUAAUACAUAUCGUUGUGGUACAAUAUACACCUACACGCCGCCGUCACCGCCACCACACCGACCUCGUUAUAUCCGGCUCUAGCUGACAUGUAAUAGAUUAUGAUAGAACAAACAACAUUACGCAACAUCUUAACAUGGAUAAUUGCAGUGAUUUUAUUUAUUUUCCAAUCACUCAACUAUUUUAUUUCACGGAUAAAAAAAUUUGUAAAACACGGGCAAAAAAAUACUACUGUUGUGACAACAGAUACGAUAAUAUCAUCUGAAUCGAAUCCGAAUAAUAACAAUGCACCAGAAAAUGUUAUUACUGUCCAAGGACUGAUUCAAAAUCACUUUGACAUUCCUCUGAUAAUUGCAGAAGAUGAACCAAACGUGAAUGAUUUUAUUAAAAAUGCUCAAUUAUUGAAUUCUUAUGAUAAUUACAAAGAAAAAAAGAAAAUCGAUCAAUUUAUGGAGCAUUUAGUUGAUGACUCUUAUGUUGCACGUGGCCUAGGUUUGAUAACUGCAAACGUUGGACGAGAAGCAGAAUUUUACUUAUACUCAAAAUAUGAUAAUAAUUUUGAAAACAUCGUUAUUAAGCUCAAGGGACGUCAAGGUGAAAUUGGUCAAAUCACAAUACCAAACCAAAAUCCUACAAACUCUAUUGAAACAAAAUCCAUUCCAAUGGAUUAUUUUUAUGAUGAAGAUCGAAUCAAAGUUACUUACACACCAUUUGCAGAAGGUGUAUAUACAUUAACACUAGUACGAAAUGGUUUAUCCAUUUGCCGCUCUCCAUACUAUAUAUCAGUAGAAAAAAGUCCAACAAAUUCUAGAUCUCAAAUUCGUUUAGGCACAAAGAAAUAUAAAAUGGUAACUAAGUUUGCUAAGGCCAAACAUGUGCCUCUUGAAACAUGUGACAACAGUAUUCCUGUCAUUGAACCCAGUAAAUCAUCAAUUAGUAGAAAUAUUCUUCCAACAACUGAAGAAAACUCAAUUCGAACAGACGUUAUGUCUAUAGUAACAAAAUUUGAAUCUAAUAGUAUACAUUUAAAAAAAAAUGAUCAAAAACUUACAGUUAAUAGAUCCAAAAAAAGUACAAAAACUGAUUUGUUAGAUGAAAUUUCAAUCUCAGCAGACUCAAAUACUCAACCAAAAAUUGAAACUGGUAAUGAUUAUGAUACUAACAUCAGUGAUUUAAGUUCACUUUGUAUUUAUUCAAAUUCUAAAUCCAAUGACAAAAAAUGUUCGAGUAAUUUAGAUGUUUCCAAUAGAAAUAGUAAGUCAAAUUAUGUCAAUUCUAUAGAAAUCGAAAGUAACCUGGUAAAGAGGUCCAAUAAAAAACUCGAUAAAAGUAUUAGAAAUAUAAACGAUAUGCCUCGAGUAAAAAAUAUGUCAUCAAAUCACCUAGAACCUACAAACAGUGUAUUACUGAAAGAAAAUUUAAAUGAUAAGAGUUUAGAUGAAGUAGAAAAACAUAAUCAAACGUAUAAAACAAAUGAACCUAUUCAUGGACAAAACCAAAGUGAAGCGUUUUUAGAUCCAAUCACUGUAGAUAAAUUUGAAAUCAAAUGUAUAGACAACGAAGCAUACACACAUAAUAAAAUAUCAUGUUUUGAUGAUGAUCACAGAAAAACUGUAAUUGUAAUGAAAAAUAUUAACGAAUUAGAAACACAUCCCAACAUUUCUAUGAACCAACAAUUCACCGAUUCGACACAAUACAAUAUUAACACCCCUUUUACAAGUGUUCUAACCAAAAUCACCAAUGAUGUUUGUGAAAAAUGUUCAAUAAAAGUAUUAAGAAUACUAUCUGAAUUUCCUAGGGAUAUAAACAUAACACAUAACAACAAUUCAAAUGAAAACUGUUCAAGCCAUGAAACAGUUCUAGCACAACCAAUUAGCAUUAAUACUAAUAUAGAUAACUUGUUUGAAAAGCCCAUUAGUCCUACAAAUGAACAUAAAACUGAUAAUUUACUGACUAAUAGUCCAACAAAUAUGAAACUAAUGGAUACAAUCGAUAAAGACAUAAAAUAUAAUUAUAUUAAUGAAAUCAAACCAAUAAAUACUACCUUUAAUGAAAUAUACUGUGACAUCAAUAAUACGACCAAAGAAUUAAUGGUUAAACAAAAUAAACACGAUGGUGAAAUAAAUAAAUCGAUAAAUGAUAAAAUAACCAAUAAUUUUACGAUACCCAUCACCAAAAAUAACAUAGAUAAACACAAAAUAGAUCACCUAGAGAAUAUAUUGUCUACAGAUAAUAAAAUGCAAAUUCAAGUUCAAAAUGUACAAAAAUUCUCAGAACAUAAUAUGGAUAAAGAUAAAACAAAUCAAUUUCAAUUUCAUGAUUAUAUCAACAACGAAUUAAAUGAUAUCAAUAAAGAAAAUGAAAAAAUUUUAGACACGCGUGAUAUAGUAACAAUUAAUAACGAUAAAAAAUGUAAUGAAGAAUUAGUAAUAAACGAAUUAAAAGCUAAGAAUGUUAUUAUUCCGGAUGAAUAUAAAAAUAUUCAAAGUAGUUUUAUAAAUAGUCAAACAGUAUUAGCAUCAAUGGAAGAUAAAUUACUGACUUUGAGGUAUAAACCAGAAGAUAUUAGACAAGAGAUAAACAAUAUAUCCAAUACUAAUGUCAUAUUACAUGAAAACCAAAAACUAAUAAUUGAAAACUCAAUUGAACCUGUAUUAAAAAAUUUCAAAAACAAAAUGGUUGAAAAAAUUACACAAUUAUAUUUAAAUAAGGAUUUGACACGUUCAGAUAAUACUUCGAUUAUAGAAAACCAUAAUAUAAAUCUAACAAAUAAUUUACAAAAAAAUCAACUACAUAACAACGCUGAUAAUAAAAAAAAUAAAACCAAAUUAAUUGAAAUAAUUAGAUCACAGUUAACAAAUCAUUUUCACAAAAAUGAUAUACCAGGAAUGAUAUUAAAUAAUAAAAACACAGAUAAUAAUCAAGUGUAUAAAUAUCUCGAAAAUAUAAUUAAAACAAAUAUGAAUCCAAAUGAAACGCAUUCACAAAGAUUGGAUGAAAACAAUAUUCAGACACUUGUCAGUAUAGCGAAAAAUCAACUAAAUAAACAACAAUUAGAUGACGAGUUUAAAAUGAUGAGAUUAGAAAACGUAACUUCAAAUAUUGAGAUAAAGAAAACCAAUGAUAAUGAAAAAGUACAAGACACAGAGAUUAAGUUGAAAAACAUACCUAAUGAUACGAGUAUAAAAAUUGAAACUACAACUAAAUCCAUAAAAUCAAAUACAUCAGAAAAAACUGAUUUAGAAUCAAAUAUAGAUAAUAAAAAAAACAUUAAAUCAAUAAAAUUAAAGAAUAAGGUAAAUGACUUAACAAAAAUACAAAAUAUGUUUAAAAUCAAUGAAAUUGGAGAAAAUAAUAAAAGAAAUACAAAGAUAAAAUCAAAACCGACUGAAAAUGCAUCAAGAGAGCAAAUAAAAAAACAAGAAGACAAAGUAGUAAAGAUAAAAAUAUUUAAUGAUGCUAAAGAUCUAACGACAGAAAAAGAAAAUAUUUACAAAUUUCCACACUCAGUCAUAGUAACAGUAAAUAAAGAGAAUGAAACUUCAACAAUAAUUGAUACUUCACGUGUCUCUGAAAUAGAGUUGGAAAAGAUAAAUAAUAGUGCACAAUCAGACACAUCAAAAUUAAAUAACCCAUUCAUAAAACCACAAAUCCAAAAAAUUGUAGUAGAAAUUGUAACCAAUAAUAAUAAAAUGGUCAUUGAUUCUGUAGCAAUAAUUAUACACGAAGAAACAGAAGACAAAAAAAAAGUGGCAAAAAGAAACAAUCCAAAAACAAAAUAUUGGAUACAAAUCAAUGAUCAUGAAUUGUAUACAAUAAACGCAUAUCAUGACACUAUCAAACCAAUCGAUAAAGAUAGAGUUAUCGAAACAGAAAUGCCAAAAAUAUCAAUACAAACAAAUAUAACAAUAGAUAACAAUCUUGAAGAAAGUAAUAAGAAAAAAAUAGAAGAAAACAUCAAAAAUGAUUUAAUAAUAGAAACACCAACAAUAUCUCUACAGACUUCAGAAAAAUUAGAAAAUAUAAAUGAAACAAAAAUAACACCAUACACUGUUUCUUCAACUGAACAAAUAGAAGAAACAAUAGCUGUUGAAAGUGAAUCAUGCUUAUUAAUUGAUACAUCAAAUGUUCCUGUUGAACAAAAAAAUAUAAUAGGCAAAAGUAUAGAACAUCCAAUAUCAAUCGAAAACAGAAAUAAAUCUGUUAAAGAAUCAAAGGUGAUAAAAACAACAACUGAAACUGAAUUAAUAAAAAAUAAUGAUCCCUUAGCAUUAAACAAAGAAGAAGGAACCGGUAAAGAAAACAAUCUAGAAACUGAAAUUGAGACAGAAAAACCAAUACAUAACAUAAAUAAAGAAGAUGAAGCAAUCUCACUGAUCAAGAUAACAACUGUCUCUGAUGACGAAAAUAUCAAAAUAAAAAAAACAGGUGAACAUCAAUUAACAAUUGAAACACAAAUUAACUAUGACGAAAAUUUAAAAGUAGUAAAUAUAAAUACUGAAUCCGCACCAAUACCAAAUAAUGAUUCAUCAACAGAAAAUAUAGGAGAACCAAUCAAUAAGGAAAAUAUUCCAGAAACUGAAGUUGAAACAAAAAUGUCGGAAGAUAACACUAAUAAAGAAGGAGAAACAUGCACACCGACUAAUACACAAAAUAUCUCUACUGAUGAAAAGAUAACAAUUGAAGAAACAACUGAAGAACCAUUCCCAAUUGAAACACUCAUUAAAUAUGCGGAAAAACCAAAAAUAUUAGAUAGUAAAACUGAGACUGAACCAUCACCAAACACUGGUUAUUCAAUAAUAAACGUACAAGAACCAAUCGAUAGAGAAAAAAAUCCAGAAACUGAAAUUAAUAAAAUUAAGUCAAUAGAUAUCAUUAUUAAAAAAUUUGAUGCAAGCUCAAAGAUGAAUACAUCAAUAGAAUCUGUUGAAGAUAAAAAUAUUAAAGGAGAAACCACUGAAAAUCCAUUACCAAAAGACCAACCAAUUAAAUCUGUCAAAAAAUCAAAAGUAGUAAAUAUUAAUACUGAAUCCGAAUCAAUAGAAAAUUAUUAUUCUUCAGCAGUAAAUGAAGAAGAACCAUUCGAAAAAGAAAAUAUUCCAGAAACUGAAGUUGAAACAGAAGUAUCAACAGAUAACAUGAAAAUUGAAAGUGAACCAUGUUCAACAUAUGAUACACCAACUGUCUCUGAUAAAGAAAAGAUAAUCAAAGAAGAAACAACUGAUAAGCAACUACCAAAUAACCAACCAAUUAAAUUUGUCGAAGAUUCAAAACAAGUAGUUAUUACAACUGAAACUGAACCAUCAAUAAACUCUAAUUCUUUAACAAUAAGCAUGCAAGAACAAGUCGAUAAAGAAAGAAUUCCAGAAACAAGGGUUGAAACAAAAAAAUUGGAAGAUAACAUUAAUAAAGAAGGUGAACCAUGUCCACUGACUAAUGCACAAAAUAUUUCUACUGAAGAAAAGAUAACUACUGUAGAAACAAUUGAAGAGCAAUUACUUAUCGAAACACCCAUUAAAUGUGUCGUAGAAUCAAAAGUAGUAAAUAUAAAUACUGAAUACAAAUCAACACCAAAUAAUGAUUCUUCAGCAGUAAAUGUAGAAGAAACAAUCGAAAAAGAAAAUAUUCCAGAAACUGAGGUUGAAACAAAAAAAUCAGAAGAUAACCCUAAGAAAGAAAGUGAACCAUGCCCACUGACAAAUACACCAAAUAUCUCUAUUGAAGAAAAGGCAACCAUUGAAGAAAUAAUUGAAGAACCAUUACAAAUUGAAAUUUCCAUUCAAUCUGUCCAAGAAAUAAAAGUUUUAGAUAUUAAAACUGAAACUGAACCAUCACCAAAUACUGAUUCUUCAACAUUAAACCUACUAGAACCAAUCGAUAAAGAAAAUAUUCCAGAAACUGAGGUUGAAACAAAAAAAUCGGAAGAUAACCCUAAGAAAGAAAGUGAACCAUGCCCACCGAUUAAUACACAAAAUAUCUCUGAUGACGAAAGGAAAAUUAUAGAUGAAACCAAUGUAAAUCCAUUACUUAUAGAAACACCCAUUCAAUGUGUCGAAGAAUCAAAAGCAGUAAAUAUAAAUACUAAAUCCGAAUCAAUACCAAAUAAUAAUUCUUCAGCAGUAGCUGUAGAAGAACCAAUCGAAAAAGAAAAUAUUCCAGAAACUGAGGUUGAAACAAAAAAAUCGGAAGAUAACAUAAAUAAAGAAGGUGAACUAUGCCCACCGACUAAUACACAAAAUAUUUCUACUGAAGAAAAGAUAACUAUUGAAGAAACAAUUGUUGAGCCAUUACUUAUCGAAACACCCAUUAAAUGUGUCGAAGAAUCAAAAGUAGUAAAUAUAAAUACUGAAUCCGAAUCAAUACCAAAUAAUGAUUCUUCAGCAGUAAAUGAAGAAAAACCAAUCGAAAAAGAAAAUAUUUCAGAAACUGAGGUUGAAACAAAAAAAUCGGAAGAUAUUAUUAAUAAAGAAGGUGAACUAUGCCCACCGACUAAUACACAAAAUAUUUCUACUGAAGAAAAGAUAACUAUUGAUGAAACAAUUGAAGAACCAUUGCCAAUUGAAAUUCCCAUUAAAUGUGUCGAAGAAUCAAAAGUAGUAAAUAUAAAUACUGAAUCCGAAUCAAUACCAAAUAAUGAUUCUUCAGCAGUAAAUGAAGAAAAACCAAUCGAAAAAGAAAAUAUUCCAGAAACUGUGGUUGAAACAAAAAAAUCAGAAGAUAACCCUAAGAAAGAAAGUGAACCAUGCCCACUGACAAAUACACCAAAUAUCUCUAUUGAAGAAAAGGCAACCAUUGAAGAAAUAAUUGAAGAACCAUUACAAAUUGAAAUUUCCAUUCAAUCUGUCCAAGAAAUAAAAGUUUUAGAUAUUAAAACUGAAACUGAACCAUCACCAAAUACUGAUUCUUCAACAUUAAACCUACUAGAACCAAUCGAAAAAGAAAAUAUUCCAGAAACUGUGGUUGAAACAAAAAAAUCGGAAGAUAACAUAAAUAAAGAAGGUGAACUAUGCCCACCGACUAAUACACAAAAUAUUUCUACUGAAGAAAAGGUAACUAUUGAAGAAACAACUGAAGAACCAUUAACAAUUGAAACACCCAUUCAAUCUGUCGAAAAUUCAAAAGAAGUGGAUAUUACAGCUGAAACUGAUCCAUCAAUAAACUCUAACACUUCAACAAAAAGCAUACAAGAACAAGUCGAUACAGAAAGCAUUCCAGAAAAUAGGGUUGAAACAAAAAAAUCGGAAGAUAUUAUUAAUAAAGAAGGUGAACUAUGCCCACCGACUAAUACACAAAAUAUUUCUACUGAAGAAAAGAUAACUAUUGAUGAAACAAUUGAAGAACCAUUACCAAUUGAAAUUCCCAUUAAAUGUGUCGAAGAAUCAAAAGUAGUAAAUAUAAAUACUGAAUCCGAAUCAAUACCAAAUAAGAAUUCUUCAGCAGUAACUGUAGAAGAACCAAUCGAAAAAGAAAAUAUUCCAGAAAUUGAGGUUGAAACAAAUAGAUCGGAAGAUAACAUUGAUAAAGAAGGUGAACCAUGCCCACCGACUAAUACACAAAAUAUCUCUGAUGACGAAAGGAAAAUUAUAGAUGAAACCAAUGUAAAUCCAUUACUUAUCGAAACACCCAUUAAAUGUGUCGAAGAAUCAAAAGUAAUAAAUAUUAAUACAGAAUCCGAAUCAAAAACCAAUAAUGAUUCUUCAGCAGUAAAUGAAGAAAAACCAAUCGAAAAAGAAAAUAUUCCAGAAACUGUGGUUGAAACAAAAAAAUCGGAAGAUAACAUUGAUAAAGAAGGUGAACUAUGCCCACCGACUAAUACACAAAAUAUCUCUGAUGACGAAAGGAAAAUUAUAGAUGAAACCAAUGUAAAUCCAUUACUUAUCGAAACACCCAUUAAAUGUGUCGAAGAAUCAAAAGUAAUAAAUAUUAAUACAGAAUCCGAAUCAAAAACCAAUAAUGAUUCUUCAGCAGUAAAUGAAGAAAAACCAAUCGAAAAAGAAAAUAUUCCAGAAACUGUGGUUGAAACAAAAAAAUCGGAAGAUAACAUUGAUAAAGAAGGUGAACUAUGCCCACCGACUAAUACCCAAAAUAUCUCUGAUGACGAAAGGAAAAUUAUAGAUGAAACCAAUGUAAAUCCAUUACUUAUCGAAACACCCAUUAAAUGUGUCGAAGAAUCAAAAGUAAUAAAUAUUUAUACAGAAUCCGAAUCAAAAACCAAUAAUGAUUCUUCAGCAGUAAAUGAAGAAAAACCAAUCGAAAAAGAAAAUAUUCCAGAUACUGAGGUUGAAACAAAAAAAUCGGAAGAUAACAUUGAUAAAGAAGGUGAACCAUGCCCACCGACUAAUACACAAAAUAUCUCUGAUGACGAAAGGAAAAUUAUAGAUGAAACCAAUAUAAAUCCAUUACUUAUCGAAACACCCAUUAAAUGUGUCGAAGAAUCAAAAGUAAUAAAUAUUAAUACAGAAUCCGAAUCAAAAACCAAUAAUGAUUCUUCAGCAGUAAAUGAAGAAAAACCAAUCGAAAAAGAAAAUAUUCCAGAAACUGUGGUUGAAACAAAAAAAUCGAAAGAUAACAUUGAUAAAGAAGGUGAACUAUGCCCACCGACUAAUACACAAAAUAUCUCUGAUGACGAAAGGAAAAUUAUAGAUGAAACCAAUGUAAAUCCAUUACUUAUCGAAACACCCAUUAAAUGUGUCGAAGAAUCAAAAGUAAUAAAUAUUAAUACAGAAUCCGAAUCAAAAACCAAUAAUGAUUCUUCAGCAGUAAAUGAAGAAAAACCAAUCGAAAAAGAAAAUAUUCCAGAAACUGUGGUUGAAACAAAAAAAUCGGAAGAUAACAUUGAUAAAGAAGGUGAACUAUGCCCACCGACUAAUACACAAAAUAUCUCUGAUGACGAAAGGAAAAUUAUAGAUGAAACCAAUGUAAAUCCAUUACUUAUCGAAACACCCAUUAAAUGUGUCGAAGAAUCAAAAGUAAUAAAUAUUAAUACAGAAUCCGAAUCAAAAACCAAUAAUGAUUCUUCAGCAGUAAAUGAAGAAAAACCAAUCGAAAAAGAAAAUAUUCCAGAAACUGUGGUUGAAACAAAAAAAUCGGAAGAUAACAUUGAUAAAGAAGGUGACCUAUGCCCACCGACUAAUACACAAAAUAUCUCUGAUGACGAAAGGAAAAUUAUAGAUGAAACCAAUGUAAAUCCAUUACUUAUCGAAACACCCAUUAAAUGUGUCGAAGAAUCAAAAGUAAUAAAUAUUAAUACAGAAUCCGAAUCAAAAACCAAUAAUGAUUCUUCAGCAGUAAAUGAAGAAAAACCAAUCGAAAAAGAAAAUAUUCCAGAAACUGUGGUUGAAACAAAAAAAUCGGAAGAUAACAUUGAUAAAGAAGGUGAACUAUGCCCACCGACUAAUACACAAAAUAUUUCUACUGAAGAAAAGGUAACUAUUGAAGAAACAACUGAAGAACCAUUAACAAUUGAAACACCCAUUCAAUCUGUCGAAAAUUCAAAAGAAGUGGAUAUUACAGCUGAAACUGAUCCAUCAAUAAACUCUAACACUUCAACAAAAAGCAUACAAGAACAAGUCGAUACAGAAAGCAUUCCAGAAAAUAGGGUAGAAACAAAAAAAUUGGAAAAUAACAUUAAUAAUGAAGAUGAACCAUGUCCACUGACUAAUGCACAAAAUAUCUCUACUGAAGAAAAGAUAACUAUUGAAGAAACAAUUGAAGAACCAUUACCAAUUGAAAUUCCCAUUAAAUGUGUCGAAGAAUCAAAAGUAGUAAAUAUAAAUACUGAAUCCGAAUCAAUACCAAAUAAGAAUUCUUCAGCAGUAACUGUAGAAGAACCAAUCGAAAAAGAAAAUAUUCCAGAAAUUGAGGUUGAAACAAAAAGAUCGGAAGAUAACAUUGAUAAAGAAGGUGAACCAUGCCCACCGACUAAUACACAAAAUAUCUCUGAAGACGAAAGAAAAAUUAUAGAUGAAACCAAUGUAAAUCCAUUACUUAUCGAAACACCCAUUAAAUGUGUCGAAGAAUCAAAAGUAAUAAAUAUAAAUACUGAAUCCGAAUCAAUACCAAAUAAUGAUUCUUCGGCAGUAAAUGAAGAAAAACCAAUCGAAAAAGAAAAUAUUCCAGAAACUGUGGUUGAAACAAAAAAAUCGGAAGAUAACAUUGAUAAAGAAGGUGAACUAUGCCCACCGUUUAAUACACAAAAUAUUUCUACUGAAGAAAAGAUAACUAUUGAAGAAAGAAUUGAAGAACCAUUACCAAUUGAAAUUCCCAUUAAAUGUGUCGAAGAAUCAAAAGCAGUAAAUAUAAAUACUGAAUCCGAAUCAAUACCAAAUAAUGAUUCUUCAGCAGUAAAUGAAGAAAAACCAAUCGAUAAAGAAAAUAUUCCAGAAACUGAGGUUGAAACAAAAAAAUCGGAAGAUAACCCUAAGAAAGAAAGUGAACCAUGCCCACCGACUAAUACACAAAAUAUCUCUGAUGACCAAAGGAAAAUUAUAGAUGAAACCAAUGUAAAUCCAUUACUUAUCGAAACACCUAAUAAAUGUGUCGAAGAAUCAAAUGUAGUAAAUAUUAAUACAGAAUCCGAAUCAAUACCAAAUAAUAAUUCUUCAGCAGUAACUGUAGAAGAACCAAUCGAAAAAGAAAAUAUUCCAGAAACUGAAGUUAAAACAGAAAAGUCAACGGAUAACACGAAUAUAGAAAUUGAACCAUGCUCACCAGCUAAUACACCAAAUAUCUCUAAUGAAAAUAAGAUUACCAUAUUAGAAACAACUGAUAAGCUAUUAACUAAUGACCAAUCAACUAAAUAUGUUGAAGAAUUAAAAUUAGUAAAUAUCAAUAUUGAAACUGAACCACCACCAAAUACUGAUUUCUUAACACUAAACGUAGAAACACUAAUCUAUAUAGAAAACAAUCCAGAAACUGAAAUUGAGGCAGAAAAAUCAAUAGGUAACAUUAUUAAAGAAGGUGAAGCAAGCUCAAUGAUUGAUACAUCAAUUGAAUCUGUUGUAGAUAAAAAUAUUAUAGAAGAAACCAUUGAAAAUUCAUUACCAAAUGAACAAUCAACUAAAUCUGUCAAAGAAUUAAAAGUAGUAGAUAUUAAUACUGAAUCUGAAUUAAUGCCAAAUAAUGAUUCUUCAAUGACAAACGUUGAAGAACCAUUCAAUAAGGAUAAUGUUCCAGAAACUCAAAUUGAGACAGUUAAAUCAAUAGAUGAGAAUGAAAAGGAAUGUGAAGCAUGUUCACCGACUGAUACAUCGUCAGUUUCUAUUGAAGAAAAGAAUAUUAUAGAUAAAACCAUUGCAAAUCCAUUACUAAAUGAACCACCAAUUAAAUCUGUUGACAAAUUUAAAGUUUUAGAUAUUAAUACUGAAACUGAACCAUCACCAAAUACUGGUUCUUUAACAGUAAACGUAGAAGUACUAAUCGAUAAAGAAAAUAUUCGAGAAAUUCAAAUUGAAACAGAUAAAUUAAUAGAUUACUCUAAUAAAGAAUGUGAAUCACGCUCCCCGACAGAUAAAUUAGCUGCUUCUAGUGAAAAAAACAAUUUGACAGAAGAGACUAUGGAAAUCCUAUUACCAAUUGAAACAUUCAUUAAGUCCUCGACAAAAGCCGUUGAAGAACUUAAGGAAAACAAAAUUAAUACCGAAACUGUCUUUGUACCAAAUAUUGAUUCUUCAACACUAAAUGCAGAAGAACCAUCAGAGGAAGACUAUUUUUCAAAAAUAGUAAUAAAGACGGAUAAAACAUUAGAUUUCGUUGUAAAAGAAUGUGAAACAUGCCCACCGAUAGACACAUCAAUGUAUGUGACAGAAGAAAUAAAAGGAAUAGAUGGUACUAUCGAAAAACUAAUUCCAAUUGGUUCUUCGUUUGUGAUUGCAGAUACUGAAAAUUUAACAUCAAUUGACGGUAUUAACACAAUUAUGAACAGACAAUUAGGGAAAGAAUACUUGAAAGAUAUUGAAAGUUCAACAAGUAUUGACACAGUUGCAUUUGUAAAAGAUCAAAAAGUGGAAGAAAAUGAAACUUUAAUUGAAAAUAUAUUAACAAUUAACACUUCAACUGCAUCUGUACAAGGACAGAUACAGGUAGAAGAAGUUAUCAAAGAUGAAUCUGUGGUAUUAAUUAACGAUUCAGUUACAUUUGAUGAAAUCUCUCCAGAAGAGCAAAACAAUAUUGAAACUGCAAAGAUUUCUUCUAUUACAGUCAUGGAGGAACAAACAGAUAUAAACAGAGAUGAGGUUAUGUACACUUGUGAAGAACCGUUAGACAAAACUAUUGUAGAAAAGAGUAUCCAUAGUGAAACAACAUCCACGACUGAUAUUUUAGUUGCAGUCGAUGAACAGAGAGCCCUUGAAACAGAAGUUUCAGAAAACGCUACUCAAAUACUAAAUGAUACUUUUACCGAAACAGUAGAAAACCUGAUAAAAAUGAAAAAAAAAUUUGAAAAAGAAACGACAACACCAAUUGUUGUAGCAAAAUCUGGAAUAGAAUGGAAUGAGAAAAAAUUAAUAAGUGAAAAUAAAACUUCAACACCUGUUCAUUUGGCCUCAACCAAUAAGGAACAAACUGAGAUAGAUAUGGUUACUGAAAUUGCAUCACCAAAUGUUAACAUUUUAAAUAGCAAUACUAAAAUAAUUUUAGUUGAUAAAGAAAUAAUAACGGAAAAUUCAAAUAAUCCUAAACAUUGUUAUUUAAAAUUCGGUGAAACGUCUAAAAUUCAUAGUUUGGAAAAUGAAGAUAAUUUACCAGGAAAAUCGUAUGGCAUUCAAAAAUUAGAAAUGUCUGUACAACGAAUGAAAACUUCCAAUGAAGAUUAUUAUGAAAAAACUUUUUUACAGUUGGAACAAACUGAAAAAAUUUCUGUAGAAAAUAAAGAUAAAGUUGACUGUGAAAAUAAAAAUAUUAUUGAUGAUAAAUUAUACACAGUCAAUGAAUCUGACUUAAACGCAAUAUUGUGUGCGUCUUCUCUCGAAGAAGCACUUACAUUAUUGGACUCAAAGAUAAAAUUCAAAUUUAAACAUAGGAAGUUAUCUAAUAAAGCUAACUCUACACCACAUAUUCCGAAAAUUCAAUCAUCUGAGAGUAGAAGUAGUGGAACUAACACAAACUUUACAGACGCUCGAGAAUUCUUUAAGGAAAUCGAAAAAAAAUGCAAAAAAUAAAAACAUAUAGAAAUAAAAGUAAUAUUUUAUAAAUAUUAUGAAAUAUAUAUAAUUAUAAAUACUAUAUUUUAUAAUCAAUUUUAUAUUAUUUCAUGACCAGAACUAAGACAAAAUUGUCAAAAUCGUCUAAAAUUAUAGUGACUUUAUUUUUUUAAAAAACUACUCACUAUCGUUUUGUUUUAAUAUUGAACAAACUUAAGGUGAAUAUCAAUUUUUUGAAUUCUAUCAAAUGUUUAUUUAAACAAAUGGUAUUUGCCGUUAAUAUAAUAUUCUUCAAUGAUGGCCAACAAAUCAACGGCAGCACCGAAGAAUUGUGAGCUAUCAAAUUACUUGAUAAAUUUAUUGUAUUUAAAUUGGCAAAUGGAAUAUGAUAUACAUGAUACACGACCUCUGAAAAUUAUUGGUUUGCAAUUUAUAUAAUAAAAUAAUUUUUAAUAAAAAUGAAAAAAGUAUAAAUAAAUAUUUUUUUACCUUUUGUAUCAUAA